GUUGUUGUUGCUCGUUCCUGAAGUAUAGGUCCCAUCGUUCGCUGGAAAAAGAGUAGCGUACCGCUCUCCACCGUGUUUCUAGCUACAUUGCUCAGGUAAUUCACCCGAAGCCUCAGGUGGCCUCGCUAGGAUGCUACACAACGCUCUGUUUGUCAUAUACGUCGUUAUUCCAGAAAAUAAAACAAUGAAUUAAAUAAAUUACCCAAUUUAACAAGGUUGGGUGAUGCUCCCGUCAACACAAUAUAGCUUAAUAACGCUAGUUCUGCUUAGCGACGUUAUGUCUCCGCAUACGACCUUAUUUGGCUUCAGUUGGCGAGGGAAAAUGUUUCCUUUUACUAAGCUAUGGCUGGAUGUUUAGCCUAUAUAUAUUUCUUAGUUGUUAAAUUAUCGAGCUCUUUGUGAACGAAGACCUCUCCGUCUAUUUCGAUCCCAUGUUUGUUUAUUUCAUCUGCUGUUUCUUACGUCCAGCUGUUUUAGCGUCACAUGCAGAGCAUCAUGGGAAAUGUAUGAAGUAAGCAAAACCUGCUCACUUAAUUUAUCAGCGAUUGCCUAUGAUGGGUGAAUCAAUCCUGUAAUGCACGUGUUAAAUCGCCUGUUAAAAACACGAACAUUCAUACAAAUGGAUACGUGAUACAUUCGCAAUACCAUUCGUGCUCUUCUGGUUCACCACCAUACUACACUUCCCAUUAUAACCUUCGGUUAUUUAAAUGUCAAGGGUUGUAGCUAGCUAGUUACGUCAGUUGUGUAACAUCCACUUUACGAGGCGAAAGCGUGCAGAGGAAUGGAGUGACUUGUCAAUUAAUUUUGUGGCUAGAUUUAGCCAGCUAUCACAAUAUAAUGUGAUUGUUGGCUCCAACAUGCAUCAUAUGUGAUUCUGAUAAUUUACCAAGCCAUUCACUGCUUUGUAUUGUUCCGUUUUUAGACAGAACAAAGAUAGCUCUAGAUAGCUAUAAUUCAGGUGUCUCAGAGCUAUUGUGUGGGUUAAUUAUGGCGAAGGGUCGUGGAUGGUGGCAAGAGGAGUCCCUCCAAGGCAGGAGCGGGAUUGAACUGGCCACUGGUUUGAGCACUGUGUCCAGACCCCCUGUCACUAUUCGACUGGGGGAAAUUUUGAAGCCAGAGGCAGAGAGAAAACCUGUGAAGAUCCGACCACCCAGCCCAAGGACACCCACACGCAGGGAGCCUGUUUUCGGGCGGAGCAUCUCAUUUGAGCCCACACCCAAACCCAUCAUAAGGAGACGUGCGCAGUCCCUGCCCUCUACCAGGGAGCAAAAGAUUAGAUCUCACAGAAUGCAGGUGCGCUUUGUGGACUCUCUGGGCUUGGAUCUGGAGGACGUUAAGGUGUUCAAAGCUGGCGAUGACCCCUUAGUGCCUCAGCAUGUUAUCUCCAAGCUUCUAAUGAGCUCCGAACUGGCUUCGGGCAAGCACUUGGAAAUUUCUUUGCCCUAUUUUAAGCCCGCAUUCCCUGAGAAUCUGGGAGAGCAGCCAGAUUUUUUGAAUAUUCUGUGUCGUCAGCAGGUGUCCCUGGAGCGGGUUGUGUGUUCUGAUUCGGGCAUCACAGGCACUGCACAAGUCCUCAACUUGGCCUUUGAGAAAGAGGUCACGGUGCACUACUCUUUCACCAACUGGAGGAGCAAAGCAGACUCAAAGGCAAGCUGGGCGUCCUCUGUUAACAGGAACCGAAUGGCCGACGAACCAGACUCUGAUAUUUUUCGUUUCCGCCUGCCGGUUCCGCCCUUCAUCCUGCAGCCUGGUGCUGUCCUGGAGUUUGCCAUUUGCUUCCAAGCUGGGGGCUCUGAAUUCUGGGACAAUAAUAAUGGACACAACUACAAGCUGACCUGCCACAGCUACAAGCUGACCGUCCCCAGGGAGUGCGAGGAUAGCAUGGUGCACUUCAUAUAACUGGCCACUAGGUGCUGCCAUGCACAAAUUGCCUCAAAUGUCCCUGAAUAACUGAGCACUUAACUAGAUGAUGAGAUGACUUUUCCAUAUCUACUGCACCUGUGUACCAGGGCUGUACGUGCCCUUAAACAUGAAUUUGUUAUGCAGAAGGCGACAUAUGCAAAAUACUUUGUGAUUUCUACAACUAAAGUUUUAAUUAAAAAUUAAUCAUAAUAAUAACUCAGUAUGAUUAUGACAUUGACUGGAACUGUUGUUAAAAUGAAAGGUUGGUUUUAAAUUCUGGAAUUCUGAUUUUACAUUUUGUACUUUUUCAUUAUAAAUCUCAUCUUCGUGUGACUUGUGUACAUAACAAUAUACUUACAUUUGAAGCAUGUCACGUCUGUGAGCUGUUGCAAUGAUUCAUAGUUCAGUUUUUUAAGGUUUUAUACAUUUUGUAAAAUAAUAUGAUUGACUGUAAUAGGCCUAUUCUAAAAUGUCUAAUGCCAUAUGUCAUUUCUAAUCCAUCAGCACCAUAAAUACAGUAGAAUGGUAUACUGUAAAAAGUGCUGUAAAAACUCUUCAGCCAGUAAAUUACUGUAAAAUGUACAGGGACAUUUUUUACAGUGCGCAAUGUAAUGUCCUUUUUUCUUUUAAACUAACACAGCAAAGUUGUUUGCUUGACAAAUAUGCUUGCUUUUGUCUUUUUUGUUAUUUUUGUGCUUUCAAAGUAAAUUAAAUCUGUCUCUUAUAGAA